AUGGACUGUGAAGAAAUCCUUGCUGUGCACCGCACGCUUCAUCUGAUCUUCCAUCGCAACAAAAACCAGCAUAGAAAGUCAAAAUGGUGGAAAUGGCUGUCCAUGCUGAAACGUGUAACCUCAAAUAUUGCAAGGUCUCUCGAGAACCCGCCGCUAUCUCCUGGCAUGACAAGCCUUGCGGAAGUAUAUAGGCAAUAUCUGGCAUCGCAUAUUGCGCCAAGAUGCUACUUAGCUUUCUCAACGAUUGUAGCUGACACGCAGUUCUCAGCGCUCGGCACAGUAUUGGUAUGCGCCUUAUCUCGUCUUACCAAGGCAACUGGAAUUGACAGGGAUAUGAAAACCCAGUCAUCUCAGAAGAGAUUGGUAAGGGCGAGUUCGCCCAACGCUAUAUCGGGGAGGGAAGAUGUAGGUGAAGUCAUCCAUCGAACCGAAAAUACUGUUUUUACACAUCGUACAUACCAUAAAUCCGAACCAGUAGAUCGUUCAGCAUCUACAAGCACAGAAAGCACGAGACUGGAAACGACAAAGAAGAAAAGGCGAAGAAAGAAUGCCAUUGAUGACCUUUUCGAUGGUCUGCUAUAG